AUGCUCGGUGCAAAGCAGCUCUUUUGCAAAUAUGUCACUCCGCAGCGUUUCAGUACUUCCGGUUUUGGUGGCCGCUGGCCAAAGAACAUCAACGGACUUGGACGUGUCAAUGGAACAGAACCGAGUGCACCACUGAACCCCGGGCGAAGCAUCGCGGAGGCCAAAAGCGAAAAUGUCUGGAUGGAGGUGUGCAUCAAGGUGGCUGCAGCAGCCUUGGUCUCGGUGGUGGCUGUGGACAGCUUGUGGCUCUGCGUCGCCAUCACCUUGGGGAUGGCCCUGGUCAUUGGCCUUGCGCAGCCCUUUGCCCAGCCGCAGAUGAACGUCCUGCAGAGCGCCUGCUUCGCAUGCCUGGCCCUGGCAGCUGUCGGCUUCCGGCACCACAUGGCCCUGGCGCGGCUGGCGCUGGCGGUGCCCUUCGUGCUGCUGGUGCUGCAGCUGCGGCGGCCCGAUUCACCCGAGAUGCUGGCAUUGAGGCUGCAGCAGGAGUUGGAGGCCAAGAUCCACGAGGGACCCGUAGAAGUCAGCGCUGAGCAGUUUACGCAGAUCUUCACGGAUGAAACUGGCAAGCUGUCGUUCUUGUCUGUGAACCUUCGCCCACGAGCAAUUGCUCUUGACUUUGGGCAUAGAUCUUCGCUUCUGUUGGAGACCAACGAGGCGCGGGAGUGCCCUGAAGAAGUGCAGGAGAAGCUGCGAGGGCAGCUGCAGGGCCUGGGUCUCUCGGGAGAAGGCGAUCCAUGUCGUUGGAAGGGCAUUGUGUGCUGGAAAUGCAAGGUGCGGAGGAUUGAGAGCGAGGAGGCCACCGGAGAUUUGAGUUCCGUCAAAGAGAUGACGUAUCUGCGAGGUCUUGGCCUUGCAGGCAGCCGGAUCACAGGCAAUGUCUCUGAGCUAUCGAAGCUGAAAAACCUCUGGCACCUUUACCUUUCACAGACAGAGGUCAUGGGCGACCUCGCAGAGCUGUCGAAGCUGAAAGAUCUCCUCACACUUGACCUUUCACAGACAGAGGUCAUGGGCGAUGUAUCGGUGCUAACGAACAUGACUAAGCUCCAGGACCUUUCCCUUGCACAGUCUCGAGUCCAUGGGAAUUUCGGCGUCAUCAGCAGGAUACCCAUCCUGGUGAAGGCCGACUUGUCCGGCACCGCGGUGUCUGGGAAUCUCGAGGACUUGCGACAAGGUUGCUGCAAAAAGCUCCGGGAACUGCACCUUGGAGAUACACAGGUGCGGCUUUCUGGUCGUGGUCUAGUGUCGCUCCCAGCUUUGCAAUCCCUCAAUGUGAGUGGUUGCAACCUGAACGUCAGCUUCAUCGACCUGGUCGUUCCUCUGCUUUCGAAUCCAAUCACAAUCCUCCUUGCCAGGGGAUGUGGAAUCACGGGUGAGGUGAAAUCCCACUGGUUCGUGUCUUUGUGGCACUCUCUGCAGCUCUUCGAUCUCUCGGGGAAUCGCUUGGAUGCGGUGGAUGCCUUGCCGGCGAAGUUGAGGCUGGAUGUCUCUCACAAUGAGAUCCCUUUGCACGUGCACCCGGACGUCAUCAAGUCUGCGGCCAAGUCUGGGACGGACCUUUGGAUGAUGAACACAGAACUGGCAAAUAAGGAGGACAUCAUGUCGAAUUGCUCCAACGAGCUGCAAAUGGAGGAGAUGUGGAUCUCAAGGGAGACCGGUGGAUACUGGUGCCAUGACCUCAUACAACCCAACUUUCGUGUCACGCCAGAGCGCUUCUUGCCUCAGCUCAUGUGUGCGUGUGGCCCAGGUCACUUUGGUGCCGGCACCAACUGCUCAGCAUGUCCGGAAGACACUUUCAACGACCAGAUGGAUCAAAGGAAGUGUCAAGCCUGCCCUGAGGGCGGCAAGGCUCCAGCUGGAUCUCAGGCCCUUUCGGCCUGCAAGUGCCCCUAUGGCACGCCGGGAACGUUCGAGAACAAGACCAUGUGCCGAUGUGACCGGGGUGAAGCGCUCAGUUAUGACCAUGAAUGUCUCUCCUGUGGCAAACUGCACCUGGUUUGCAAUGCACCUGGAAGCCUCGUAGCCACAGCGCCCUUGGAGCAGGGCUACAUCCGCUUGAAGGAGCCUUCGGAAGAGAUCUUCGAAUGCCUUGAUCGUCAACAUUGCAGGAACUCCAGCUGUACACCAGGACGCACUGGCCUACUGUGCGCUUCGUGUGCACAAAGCUACCGUGCAAGCAAGAAGGCCUGCAUCGAAUGCAAGAAUGUUUCGUCGGAGAGGAGACUUUCAAUCGGAUUGGGCUGCGCUACUGCUCUGGUGAUAGUGGCUGCCACAGCAUGGACGCUGAGGCGUCACGCGCCACAGCGGAGCCCUCGCAGCGAGUGCCUCCUGCAGCUGAUCAUGGCGCAGCUGGCAGCGCUGCUGCAGCUGACGCAGCUCUGGACGGUGCUCGGCGCUUUGACACCUGACCCACAAGCAACCGUCACAGCGGAUGACAACGCGCAAGGAGAUCCAGUGCUUGGAUACCUGGAAGCUUUGCAAUUCACCAGCUCUGAAGUGCAAAACUUCCUGGCUCUGCAAUGUCUUUAUGAUGGCAUCACCGUCCGUUCGCUGUUUGCGCUUGCCACGCCGCUGGUUCCUUUGCUGCUGCUGAUUGCUUGUGGCUGCUUAGAGGUUUUCUCACGCGGAUUGGGCAUCCGCGUAGGGCUGAAGAUGCUCACAGUGCUUUUCAUUGGUGGUGCCUCUGGCAGUGCGCAGCUUUUAGGCUGCCAGCGAACAGAUGGUGCAGGCACAGCAUUGAAGGAGUUUGCCUUCCGCCCGCUUUUUCCACACGAACGCUGUGAAGAAGCCAUUUGGGUGGAUAGAUUUGGCUGGGCCACCGCCAUUUGCUACGGCUUCUUCAUUCCCUGCUUCCUGGGGUUUCUGUUCGCCAAGCAAAAUGUGGUCAUGCGAAAGGUCAAGACAGUGGUCAUGCACACUGCACGCAACGAAGCAAAGGUCACAGUGCGGCUGCAAGGUCCGAAAAGUGAAGAAUCCGAAAAGGAUGCCUUGGCCCAGCACCUAAAGGCCGCAGCAGCAGCCUAUGUCGCAGUGCAUGUGAAAGGUCGUGCGACCGUGGAAUUGCAGAAGGACGCAACGAUUGUAACUCCUAUUGAGGAAAAUGCAGCAGGAGGGUCGGAAGCCCUUGGGGUAGAGAGCCUCGUCUUCGGCACUGAUUUGGAAGAUGCAGAGGUGUUGCAACGGCACAUGAUGGUGCAGAUGCUGAUGGAACGGAGAAUUCUGGAGGAGGAAACUGAUCGUUUUAUGCUGGGUGCAAAGCAGCUGUUUUGCAAAUAUGCCAAAUGCGAAAACGUCUGGAUGGAGGUGUGCACCAAGGUCGCUGCAGCGGCCUUGGUCUCGGUGGUGGCUGUGGACAACCUUUGGCUCUGCGUGGCUAUCACCUUGGGCAUGGCGCUGGUCACCGGCCUCGCGCAGCCCUUUGCUCAGCCGCAGAUGAAUGUCCUGCAGAGCGCCUGCUUCGCAUGCCUGGCCCUGGCAGCUGUCGGCUUCCGGCACCACAUGGCCCUGGCGCGGCUGGCGCUGGCGGUGCCCUUCGUGUUGCUGGUGCUGCAGCUGCGGCGGCCGGAUUCACCCGAGAUGCUGGCGUUGAGGCUGCAGCAGGUCCCGGAGAUCAUGGAAGAGGAGUUGCAAGAGGUCCGGGAUAACUUCUAUGUAGGCAACUUUUCAAAGGCCCUGAGCCUCUGCGAGUCCGUCAAGGGCUCCAGUGAACUCACACAGAGUGAGCUGGGAGCCACCCUGGCACGCUGUUGCCUCUCCAUCCCUCAGAUCGAUCGGCUCAAGGCGAUGCAAAACGCCGAGAUCCCAGGGCAACGAGCGGCGGCGUUGAUGGCGGUGAUCACCAAAUCCAAAAACGCACAACAAGUUAGCAGUGCCAAGGAACGUCUAGCAGCUCUGGCCAAAGAGACUCAGGACAUGAGCUGUGCGAUGUUGAACGCCAUGGUGCUUGCCAUGGAUGGCAGUUGGACUGAGGCAGCACAAAUGACCAAGGCACAUCCCGUCCUUGAAAUGCAGGUGCUGACCAUCUUCCUGGCGCUCAGCUGUAACCAGGUGUCCAUGGCAGAAAAACUGCUGAAGGAGGCCUCCGGCAACAACGAUGACUCGGCUGCCUAUCGGUUGGCGGCCGCAGCUGUCAAGCUGGCCACUGGCGACCCGGAGGAAGCGUACCUCACUUACUGUGAUCUUUGUUCACAAUUCCCUGCCAUUGAGGGCGAUGAUUCCGGGUCUGGCUCGGUGCUGUUGCAGACUGGCAAGGCUCUGGCAAACAUGCAGCGCGGCAUGUUCUCUGAAGCAGUGGAGGACUUGCAACGAGCUUUGAGCAGCAAUCCCAAUGAUCCCGACUCUUUGGUGCGCUGGUGGAUUUCAUGGCAAGCUGCGGAAUAG